GCGGUCGUAACGCUGCGAUUGGCCCCGUAGUGACCAUAAUGGCGGAAGACAGGCCGACGACGUCGGGCGAAGCGUUCGUGCUCGGGAUGCUGGACCCGUCGUCCUUCGAGUACUCGUUGCAUUGGUCAUCGGAAGAGCGGGACAUGCUCGACUCGCUCGCGCACGAAGCCUCGCCCGACGAAGAUGCGAGCUCGAUCAACGGCUCGGUCGCCAGUUCGGCGUCCCAUCCGUCCGAGAAGCGGCAGGCGCUGGCCAUGAAGCGCCACCGCAAGAAAAAGCGCGAGGAGCACAACGAGCUCAAGCGCGCCGCGUUCGAGCUCGAGACAAAGCUGCGCGAAUUGCAGCAGUCGCGGGCGGUCCAGGACAUUCUGCAGCCGCCGAGCAAGUGGCAGGCGCUCGCGACAAACGAAGCCAAGCUCGAGCAGCAGGCCAAGCUCGAAAACAAGCAGCUCAAGGAGCUCGUGCAAGACCACAUGGCCACCGCGCAGGCGUUCGCCAACCUCCUCGAGAAGACGUGGCACCAGUCCAAAGUCAAGGCGCUCGUCGAGAACGCCAACGACAAGUGGAAGCAGCUCGUGCUCGUGGCCGACCCGAGCCUCCGCGCGGCAGCCAUCAACCUCAUCCUCGAGCGCGAGUUUGGUCGCAUGGACAGUGCGUACGUCGAAGCCGGGCUCAUUGACGCGCCCUUUGGCGUCCAGAAGCACGUUUCUCGGUACACGCACGCCAACAGCCUCGAGUUCCACACGAUCGUUUGUCGCUACACGCCGCUGCCGCUGCAGACCGUGCUCGACGGCUCCUGGAACGUGCUCCGGGGCACCGCGUCGAUCAAGGGCUUCAACCGCUACUGCAACGGCCUCGUCGACAUCGAUGCGACGACGAUCUACGUCGACGGCUGGUUCGUGCACCCGCUCGGGCACUUUCAGCGGCGGACGCUCAUGAAGCAGUUCCGUGACGAGUCGCGCGUCGUCAUCGUGUGCCGCAGCAUCGACUACGACGAGCUCGCGCCGUACGACCCGGCGCAGCCGCACGCGAACGAGGUGUCGUGGAACCUCCUGGAGGCCAACCCGGACGGCGGCACGAACGUCAAGUUUUUUCAAAAGUUUCGACCGAGCAAGUGGACAGCGGCGACGCCCAUGAACCCGCAGUGGGCCGAGACCUUUGAACAGCACUCGGCCAUGAUCAGCCACUCGGUGCACAAGUACAUUGACGACUUUGCCGCCGGGACCGCCCGCGACGAGUAUCACCAGCUGUAGACAACUAGUUCA